UUGGAUGCGACGGGAGGUAUUAGCUCUUGCUUAUCAAUACGAAGGGAUGCGUUACCAGAAGAAAUUUCUACAACUUAAACUGGCGUAUGGAUUGAGGAUCAUGAUGCCUAAAAGUCUUCUUUGGGACUAUGAUGGUAAAUAAGAUUAACGUGCAGGUACUUGAAAUUAAAAUCUUCUUAGGUUCUCCAAUACUUCCAAAAGGUCGUCAAUUCCAGUUGGAUGGAAACCAUUGCAGUUUAGUCAUUGCUCGCUCAUCUGCUUCUUCUCCUAUGGCGAAUUCGAAAACCAAACCUGGAACCGAACCCAAAUCUCAUUCCCGGAACGUUCUUCAACUUUUCGCCAGCUUAAACCCUUCAAUUCCUCAACUUCCUCCUAUUCGUUCUUUAGCAGUCACCACAAACUCCGAUUCCCAAACCCUAGUAUUUGUCGGAACAGUCUCUGGAGAUGUUAUUUCCCUCUCCCUGAAACCCAACUCCGGUUUAUCACUCUACCUGCGGGUGAACAUCAUUGGUAAACCCGUGACUUCGAUCCACGUUAUUAGUCAAAUCAGAAAACUCAUUGUUCUCUCCGAUGGUUUUAUUUAUUUGCUCGACUUGAAUUCACUCGAACCAGUUCGAAAAUUGAGUCUGUUGAAGAAUGUUAAUGUUGUAAGUAAGAGAUCUUUUAGUAGAAAUUACAGUUUAAACCCUAUUUCAAAUGGGAUUAAAGGAAAAGAAGAUGGCUGUUUUUUUGCUGUUGCAGUAGGGAAGAAGCUGGUGCUUGUCGAAUUGGUUUUGAGUGAUUCUCCUGUAAUUUUGAAGGAAGUUCAGGGUGAUUUUACAGACGGGAUAAUGUGUAUAUCAUGGGUAGAUGAGUCUGUUAUUGUCGGAACUAGGACUGCUUACUAUUUGUAUUCGUGUGCAAAUGGGCAGUGUAGUGUGAUAUUCUCGUUGCCUGAUCCGUCCGUGCUCCCAAGGAUGAAAUUGUUAGCAAAGGAGUGUAAGGUAAUGUUAAUGGUGGAUAAUGUGGGUGUUAUUGUGGACAGUGAAGGACAGCCUGUGGGUGGUAGUUUAGUUUUCAGCGAAGCUCCAGCGACCAUGGGAGAGAUAGGGGCAUAUAUUGUGGUGGUAAGGAGUGGGAAGUUGGAGUUGUAUCAUAAGAAAUCGGGGAAUUAUGUUCAGCAAGUUCAAUUUGUUGGGGAAGUAGGUAGUCCUUGUGUUGUGGCUGAUGAGGAGGACGGAAGAGGAAAGCUUGUCAUUGUGGCAGCAGGCUCAAAGGUUAUGUGUUAUCGGAAGGUGCCUUCGGAAGAACAAAUAAAAGAUCUAUUGCGAAAGAAAAACUUUAGGGAAGCAAUAGCACUGGUUGAAGAACUUCAAAAUGAAGGUGAAAUGACAAGGGAGACGCUCUCUUUUGUCCAUGCUCAAGUGGGAUUCCUCUUACUAUUUGACCUACGCUUUGAGGAAGCAGUUGAUCAUUUCUUGCUUUCAGAAACAAUGGAGCCUUCAGAACUUUUCCCAUUUAUCAUGCGAGACCCAAAUCGUUGGUCCUUGUUGGCUCCAAGGAAUAGGUAUUGGGGCUUGCAUCCUCCUCCAUCACUUCUUGAAAAAGUUGUGGAUGAUGGCUUAACUGGUAUUCAAAGAGCUAUUUUCCUUAAGAAAGCAGGCGUUGAGACUGCAGUUGAUGAUGAGUUUCUUCAGAAUCCACCAAGCAGAGCUGAUUUAUUGGAGUCUGCAAUUCAAAACAUGACCAGGUUUUUAGAAGCAUCACGACAUGAAGAUUUAACUCCUUCAGUUUGCGAAGGAGUUGACACUCUUUUGAUGUACCUCUACAGAGCUCUAAAUCGUGUUGAUGACAUGGAAAUACUUGCCUCAUCCGACAACAGUUGCAUAGUGGAGGAGUUGGAAUCACUGCUGAGUGAAUCUGGGCAUUUGCGAACACUUGCUUUUCUAUACGCCAGUAAAGGGAUGAGCUCAAAGUCUCUUUCAAUCUGGCGUGUGCUGGCUCGAAAUUAUUCAUCAAGCUACGUGAAUGAUUCACAUGGCGCAAGCCACUUACACGAUACCACAAAGGAUAUUUACUUUGAUCAGGAGACUGCUGUAAUGGAGGCUUCAAAAAUUCUUGAAGCAUCAUCUGAUCAGGAGUUAGUACUGCAACAUCUAGGAUGGAUUGCAGACGUUAACCAGCUGUUAGCUGUUCAAGUACUUGUAUCGGAGAAAAGAACAGAUCUACUCUCACCAGAUGAAGUAAUUGCAGCAAUUGAUCCCAGAAAAGUUGAAAUUCUUCUAAGAUAUCUCCAGUGGUUGAUUGAAGAUAAAGACUCCGGUGACACACGGUUUCAUACAACUUAUGCCCUCUUGCUUUCUAAAUCAGCACUUGACGCUAAUGAAAAGGAACAUGCUACACAAAAUUCUGAAGGUGUAAACCAAAAGGAGAGAAAUACCUCAGACCGUGGAAAUAACUCAAUAUUUGAUACUCAUGUCAGAGAGAGAUUGCAAUUUUUUUUGCAGUCGUCUUACUUGUAUGAUCCAGAGGAGGUUCUUGACUUGGUUGAAGGAUCCGAGUUAUGGCUUGAGAAGGCUAUUCUUUACAGGAAGCUCGGUCAAGAAACAUUAGUUCUUCAAAUUCUUGCCUUGAAGUUGGAAGACUCUGAAGCUGCAGAACAAUAUUGUGCUGAGAUCGGUAGGCCAGAUGCUUACAUGCAGCUGCUUGAAAUGUAUUUGGAUCCAAUGAAUGGCAAAGAGCCUAUGUUCAAAGCUGCUGUGCGCCUGUUGCACAAUCAUGGAGAAAUGCUAGAUCCUUUGCAAGUAUUGGAGAGAUUGUCACCAGAUAUGCCCCUUCAGCUUGCUUCUGAGACAAUAUUAAGAAUGUUGAGAGCUCGACUUCACCAUCAUCGUCAAGGCCAAAUUGUCCAUAAUAUAUCUCGUGCUUUGGAUAUUGAUGCAAGCUUGGCAAGGUUUGAGGAAAGAUCACGACAUGUUUUGAUAAAUGAUGAGAGUGUCUGUGACUCUUGCCAUGCUCGACUUGGAACCAAACUGUUUGCGAUGUAUCCAGAUGAUGCCAUAGUCUGUUACAAGUGCUUUCGUCGUCAAGGUGAGUCAACCUCCGUGUCAGGUCGCGAUUUUAAGAAAGAUAUUUUAUAUAAACCAGGUUGGUUGGUGACAAGGUGAUGCUGCUUAGGACCUGUGAAUUUCAUUGGGGUGCUCCAAGCAUGGACUGGCUUUGCUUUAGCGCUCUCUGCAUUUGUGGUUAAUUUAUAAUAUGUCCGCAGCUCAUUUCAUAAGAACCCACUACACACCCAUAGUUGAUUAUGAUGUGGCUCUGAUGUAUAUUUGCUUCAGUAGAAGACAAGACCAAGAGGCCCUUGGUAGUUUCUUCGUCUGUGCAUACUCACGAGCAGAGACACUAGAUCUAAAAAGUGAUUUGUUAUGCACUUGUGCCCAGGGCCGCUGUGUUUUUGAAUUUGCACAGUGACUCACGGUGUUAGGUUGUGGAAUUCAGCAUUCAUCCCCUCAGUUCUGGAAGAAGAAAGAAAACUCUAAUAUAGCAAUUAUGCAACUUUGUAUUCCGGUGAAGAUGGAGAAAUGUCUCUAUUGCUGGAAUCUUGUUUUGAGAAUUCGGAGCCUUUGGGUAAUCUUGAUAAUCAUUUUUCUCUAGAGCUGUUAUGUUUUUAAGGCAGGUGAUCAACUCUAGGAAGAGAAUGUAUAUUAUAUCACUUUUCUUCUCAGAUCAACGUUUUUUCUUUCUGUAUGUUGUCUUGUGGAAAUCGAGUACUGUAUCUUUUUUAAGUUUGUGAAUGUGAAACAGGAGACGUGAAUAAAUGAGUCCUUUUGCUAGAGACGGGAAAUGAUAAAGAAA